AUGAGUUUACCCCUCAAUCCCAAACCUUUCCUCAAUAGAUUAACAGGAACACUAGUGAUGGUGAAACUUAAGUGGGGAAUGGAGUACAAGGGCCACCUGGGAUCUGUAGAUGGCUAUAUAAACAUGCAACUUGCAAUUACAGAAGAAUACAUAGAUGGAGCAUUGUCUGGACAUCUGGGUGAAGUUUUAAUAAGGUGUAAUAAUGUCCUUUACAUCAGAAGUGUUGAAGAAGAGGAAAAGGAUGGGGAAAUGAGAGAACAGCACCUUUUAAUGAACCACGGCAGUGCCUUGGCCUGGCGCUAG